UUGUAGCUUCUGUAGGUAGUCCGUGGCGUCUAUGCGUCAAUAAUAGAGGCGGAGUGGCUACAGUGACAGUCUGAUGAUGGGUGGCGUGUAGAGGAUAUCUAUGGUGCUUGAGGGCGUUACCAACACUUAAGACAAUGGCGGCAGCAUCGGCACUACCCUCCAAGCUGAAGAAGAAGACGAUGAGGGUGAAGCAUCAGAAGGUGAAGGUGUUCAGAGCCAACGAGCCCUUCCUCUCCGUCUUCAUGUGGGGAGUUAACCACACGAGCAGUGAACUGAGCCACAUAAAUGUUCCUGUUAUGUUAAUGCCUGAUGACUUCAAAGCUCACUCCAAAGUCCGUGUAGACAACCACCUGUUCAAUAAGGAAAAUCUGCCAUCACAUUUUAAAGUUAAAGAAUACUGCCCAAUUGUCUUCAGAAAUUUACGUGAAAGAUUUGGCAUUGAUGAUGCUGAUUUCCGAGAAUCUUUAACAAGGUCGAGACUAAUUGAAGUCCAGCGAUAUGGGGUCUUUAGUAACGACAGGUCCCAGCCAGUAUCUAUAGACUCUCCAGGAAGAAGUGGAGCACGGUUUUACAGUUCAUGUGACAAGAUGUACAUAGUCAAGACCCUAACUAGCGAUGAAGUCGAACAAAUGCAUGCCUUGCUCAAAGAAUACCACCCUUAUGUUGUAAAUCGGCAUGGCAAGACCUUAUUACCGCAGUACCUGGCCAUGUAUCGUCUCACAGUGGACAACAUAGAAACCUAUUGUGUUGUUAUGAGAAAUGUUUUCUCCACCUUCCUCAAAAUCCAUAAGAAAUAUGAUCUUAAAGGUUCAACAGUAGACCGUGAAGCAUCAGUGAAGGAGCUGGAGAAAGAUUUACCUACUUUAAAGGAUAAUGAUUUUAUGAAGGAAGGAACAAAAAUACAUAUUGGUGAAGAGGCCAAGCAUCAACUUAUGGAAACAUUAACAGCUGAUGUUGAGUUUUUGAUGAAACUUCACUUGAUGGAUUACUCCCUUCUUCUGGGUAUUCAUGACAUAGCUAAGGCUGAAAUGGAUGGUGUUAUGCAGAAUGAAUCAGAGGAUGAUGCUGUCGAGGAGGAAGAGGAAGAUGAAUGUUCUGGUGUACCUACACCUCCUGACUCUCCAAACACAGCUGCAAGAGAACGAGCAACCAGUAAUGGAGCAAUUGAUCCAGAUGUUGAAAUAUAUGCUAUUGAGAGUAAUGAAAAUGCACCUCAGCGGGAAAUAUAUUUCAUGGCCCUCAUUGAUGUGCUCACUCAUUAUGGUGUUAAAAAGCAAGCAGCAAAAGCUGCAAAGACUGUCAAAUAUGGAUCUAAUGCUGAUGGCAUAUCUACAGUUGAACCAGAACAAUAUGGACGUCGAUUCUUGGAUUUUAUGAACCAAGCUAUUGUGUAAAUGGGAAAGUGGAAUCUGCUAAUUGGUUUUGGUAGGGAAAAGGAUUUUCUCAGAACAUUAUGAAUAUUUCUUUUCAUUGGUUUAAGUACUUGUAGAUUUUUCUCACCUGCUGCCUGUUCUAUGAUGAAACUAGUGCAUAUUUGAUUGUUGAGUGUGGCAUAUUUUCCAGUAAUACUAAAUGACCUGUCUGCUAGCAUACUUUAGUUUCUUGUGUUUUGUUAUGUCUGGAAACAGACAUCACACCAAGAUCUCAGAAUAUGUGGACACUACUUAAGUGAAAACUAGGUAAACAAAUGAUACAAAUUACUACUUUAAAGUAUCCAUAAACUACUCAAAACAAUGUAAAUUUUCCUUAAGGAGAUAGAUGGUUUUUUGGAGAGGAUGACUAACUUAAAUAUGUAAUGCUAUAACAUUCUUAUAUCAAGUCAUCUAUGUUUUGUCAUUUUCUCAUCCAGAAAGAUGUUUUGACAGAUUAUCAGAGUUUAUAUAAAGCAUGAGCAGUAUUUAAAAAGAUACUUUUUGUUAAUUUAGGCAAUUAUUUUUACACUUCAAAGCUCAUUGUCUUGUUUAUUGUUGUUGUUUUUGCAAUCAUGUAACUAAUCGUGUAAGUAGCACCAUGUCCAACAUUAGUGAUUUAUGUUGAAGAAUACUCAAAUUUAGAUUUUCAUUUGCUUAGCAAUAAGGAAAUGAUUACAGUUAUGAAUGAAUGUCAUAAACUGUAGUCCUUAUGUUUGCCAUUACUCAUAUGAAAUAGUCUUUGUCUGUGAUUGAGGGUUGACCUUUCUUUGGAUUUUUUUUUUCUUUUUUCCAAUACAUAUUUAUUUGUUUUUAAUAAGGUCUUAUUUCCUACAUCAGGGCUAUGAAUAUGAAAUCUUAUCUCAAAGCUCAAAGUAUAUAAACAGAAACUUCAUUAUAUUUUGUCACUGUAAUUUCAAGUAGUAUAAUUAUAAGGGAGGUCACUCUUAGAUGAAAAAAGGACUUGCCAAUAUAAUUAAUAAAAUGCUACACUAGUCUAUACAGUUACAUUAGUAGUUAUAUGCAUUGCCUUUGAAGAGCUUUAAGAAACUAAAGUGUGUAUUGUGUGUGACUUUCCUACUUAACAUUUCAGCAGUCUCUCCAGUAACAGAAAUAAGUUACAGGAAUACAGUGAAAUAGCACUGCGUAGUUCUUAAAUGUUUUUAUGCUUGAAGAAUUUUCAUCUACUUUGCAUUAACACUUAGAGUUUUUUUUGUUAUAUACACACAAGUAAAGAGUUAAGAGAUUGUUGAGCCGUGUGUAAUCCUCCAGUGCAAAUUAAAUUACUUGAUUUUAGCAUUGUAAUGACGAUUGAGAAAUGUGUUGGCAUUCAAUUGAUUAUCCAGAAGUGCGUUAGUGAAUAAUGAACACUAAUUAUUGUUGCUUAUAUGCAGAACAGAGUUGCUGUAGGUGGCUGAUAAUUUUCUCAUGGAAGAAAAUGAUCAUUGCUGAACAUUUGAAAGAAAAUUAAUCUUUCAGUAGAUUUGCAGACAAAAUUCAUAUAUUUAUAAGGCUAAUCAAAGGCAAGAACAUUAUAUAGAUGGCAUUUAUUGUAAAUGAAAUUUUGUUGUAUUUAUUCUGAUGGAAAUGACACAAGCUUUAUAAGGCAAGAUCUACAUAAUGGAGAACAACAACUUAAGGUAAAAUGUAUGCAGAUUUGAGCCUGUGUUCUCAGUAAGUAAUCCUAUUAUAACAUUUUGUGAUAAGAAAUAUUGAAAACCCUUGUUAAAUAUGUUUGUUUUAUUCUCUUGAAAUAUGCAAGGUUAACUUACACACACACACACGCACACGCACACACACACACACACACACACACACACACACACACACACACACACACACACACACACACACACACUGAAUCAUCCAACAACAUGCAUUAUGAUAAGGUCUGGUGAUGGACAGUGACAGUGAGCUGCAGCUCCUGGUCAGCUUCCAGCCACUUGGUCAGAAGGGUAAACAAUGUUCUGUGUUGCCAGUGUUUCUCUCUCUCUCUCUCUCUCUCUCUCUCUCUCUCUCUCUCUCUCUCUCUCUCUCUCUCUCUCUCUCUCUCUCUCUCUCUCUCUCUCUCUCUCUCUCUCUCUCCAUUUUUUCUUAUUUUAUUAUAUCACAUUGUCUACAAAAUGUUUAUGAGUCUCUUACCUCCAGUGCAAAGAAGAAAAGUAGUUACUCUUGAGAUAUAAGCUGAUUGCAUUUGAGUAAAGACUUGUAUGAUUGGUGAUCUUAAUCAUCUUAAUGGAUAAGAAGCAGUGAUGCAGUGACAUUGUCAGCAUCAGUUAAAUCCACUUAUUGUGAAGAGCAAGUUGGGACUGGUUUAUGUGGAAAAAUUACUUGUUACAGUGAUAGAAGGCCAGAUACAGAAGUGCAUGCUGCAUUAAUGUUAGUCCAAUGCUUCAAACAUUCUUCAAGCCCAGUAUGCUUUCAGCUCUGUAUGUUUAUGGUGAGUACCUAUGUGACGGUUCUAUUUUUCACUUUCAGUACAACGGUCAAUAAUUUACUUGAGAUUUUUAGCAGUUCUGGAAGAACUCUGGUAGAUAGGUGACUGCCCAAGUGUAGGCUUAUGUAAAUAUUUGGAGCACAUUUAAGAUAGGCUCAGCCAAGCCAUGAUGGUCAGUGAUGUAUGUAUUUUUUCCUUGCAAUAUUUUCAAUUGAUGAUUUUUUUAAGUAGGUAUUUAUCACCAUUAGUAUCACUAGGUGUGUGUGUGUGUGUGUGUGAGAGAGAGAGAGAGAGAGUGAGGCACUGAAGCAAAGAUGAAAGAACAUUUUUAGAAUCUGAUUAUCAAUCAGAGUAUGGUUCAUUCAUACCAAAGAAUCAUCUUGAAACAUUUCCCACUAUUUUACACAUUUCUAUGUAAUAUGUUUCAGUGCUUAUAAGUUGAUUGUGCAUGCAUAUUGACAAGAUAUUUAUGCAUAUAUGGUAAGAUUUAAACUGAAGAAUACAUACAGCUUUUUGUAACUUUAUAACAUUGGUAUUAGCUCAAUAAAUACCAUGCCUUACUUUUCCAGAUUCAUAAUUGCUUUCAGAGAUGCACUAGACUGACAGGGUUAUGCAUGCUUAUUACUAUGAUGAUUUUCUUUUCUAUAUUAUAUACAUUUUUUCAUACAUACAUGUCUGAGUGUUAUUCAUGUGAGAACUACCACAAAUAAAUUAAUUAAUCACAACUUCUCAUAUAACUGAAUAUGUGAUGUAUUAACACAAGAGAGAAAAAAAUUUAUGAAUUAAGAUUAGCAAUAUCCAAAAAUCAAGACAUUGCAAUACAUGAACAUUUGUAGAACAUGCAUAUAUGAUAACUACAGUGCUGAGGAAAUUAUAACAUUUACACUGAUGACAGAAUGUCCAAAGAGUUCUUUCCCUCAUAGCCAACCAAUUAUGAUUUUAAUAAAGGGAACUGAGAGGGAAGAUCCUAACAGGGUAGUACAAAGUUCAGCAUAGUAGCAAUAACUAAUUCAGAGAAUUAUGAGCAUCUGUAUCAUAAUGUGAUGGCACAGGAACAGUGAUGCGCUAUACAUGUUUAAAGAUGAUGGAAAAGGUAAAUGACAUCAAUGUUUAAGGUAGCUUUUCUGGUACAGUUUGUUUUCAUUUUAUAGAUUGUAUGAGAAUUGAAUUUCUAAAAAUAUUAAUGAUUACUGUUGGUGUGCUAUGCAUUAAUUAUUUGAUAUACACUACAGAAAAUAAGGCACCUAGGAUAAACAGUUGAAUUAUCUAAAAAUAAACUGGUUUACAGUAACACUUGUUAAGAACCACCUAAAACAUGAAUUAUUUGUCUCUCCUGUUGCAAAUAAGCCAGCUCUGGUAGCUCAUGGCUAAUACACAAAUUUUCUGCGAUAUUUUCCCCUCUACAGUAAGGUAGAAUUGUCACUUACUGUAUUCAAGAGUGGAUGCAGGGGAAUGGUUCAACACUUAUUUUUUUUCAAUUUUUUUAUUUAUUUAUUUUUAUUAUUUUUUUAUUUCAGAUUAUGGUCUUUAUGACUUAGAUUUAACCUAGUAUGAGAUGUGCUCUGGGUUUCAGUGUAGUAUAGCUGUGAUUUAACAAGCAGAAGUUGGUAAGGUCUACCACUUACUGUGAAGAAUUUCUCUUAAUAUGUGGUUUAUAAUAACUUAUGUAUUGUCCAUCCCAUUACACCUUUGGUUAUAUUUUGUUGUAAUUUGAUGUCAUUUGUGAAACUCUCACAACAUAGCUUUUCUGUAAACCAUCCUAUAUAAAUGCACAUAAUGUGUAGAGUAUGUGAGACAGAUAUCAAAGGCAAGUAAUUGAAAAGCCCACACUCAUGCAUUGCUCUCAACAAUAUUUUUAAUUAAUUGUGUUACAUGUUAUUGUUCAGUAUACUUACAAAUGGAAACUUUUCCAUAUCCAGUAUUCCUUUUUUUUUUAUUACUCUCUCUCUCUCUCUCUCUCUCUCUCUCUCUCUCUCUCUCUCUCUCUCUCUCUCUCUCUAUUUUUUUUUCUAUUGCCUUGUACCAUUUCUUGAAAAUAAAUAUGAUCAAUUAUUAUUAUUUGUAAGCUAGUUGUUCUCCAUUAUGUAUAAACAACAUGAGAAGGUUACAUGUUGGGUAAUUUUUUAAUGGGUGAUUCAUGUGUACUUUAUGUUGAGUCUGUAGUUAGUUGAGGGAAUGGUGUCAGGGGUGCUGCUCUUGCAUGCAAUCAUUCACCUGACACUUCACAGUGUUUUACCAACAAGUCAAAAAUUGUGAUGAAUUUAAAAAGUUUAUAGUGUAUGAAAAUUUUCUCACAUAUUGUUUCUGUUAAUUAAUCAAGUAAUUAAUUAGUUUAUUAAUUUAUUUUAAGUGAUUUAUUUUUUCAUUUAUUCAUUUACCUGAUAAUUUUCUUUUUUCACUGUCACAUAAAGUCCUGGAUCUUUGCCUAGUAAUUACUGUUACAGUAACUGAAAUGCUCAUAACCAACUUGUUUAUAUUUAUGUAUCUAUCUAUCUAUCUAUCUAUCUGUCUAUCUAUAUAUUUUUUUUCCUAGAUGAGAGUUAAAUUUUUCGAAUUAAUUCACAAGGAUUUUCUUCCUAUGCAGUUUAAUACUUUUUUUUCAUUAAUACAGCCCUCUACAUUAAUAUUGUAUGUCAUGAUCUGAAUUUUCUGCAGAGAACUAGCAUUCUAGAGUGAGAAGUGCAUAUGUUUCAUGAAAAGCUUGGAUAUGUGUUUGUGGGGUAAAUGUUGUGUAUUUGAUUAAUUCAACUAGAAUAUAGGAGAAUUCUUGUGAGAAAAGCUCACCUGUCUAGAUAUAAUAUACUGUAGAGGUCUCAUGCAUUCUAAUGAUACUGCUAUAUCAGUAAUAAUAUAAUCAAUGGGAUCUAUCAUUUCUGUUUACACCUUGAUACUGUUCAUAAGACUGGAACCAUGUCUAAGCAAGCAUUAUAUAUCAACAUUCACAUAGCUUGGAGAUUUGAAUUGUACCUUAAGAGCGUGCAAGCUUUUAUUAUCCUUUAUUUAUUGUAUACGACCUUCCAAUAGGAAAAUAAUGUUUUGACACAUACAUACUGUUAUAGGAGAGAGGCCUUAGUGUACAGAUUGUGGGUCGUGCUCAUCCAGGUGACCGUGCAGUUUCUCUCAUAAAUGAAAGUUUCUCGAUGAUCAAGAAAUCCGUAUGCUGUAGAUUAGGUGUCCAUUAUAGUGUGUGUAUAAUAUUAAUUACUUAUGAGAGAUUCAGUGAAAAGCACAACUUUUUUUGUGUGUGUAUAUUUAGAAUUCUUGCAAUAAUAAUAAUAAUAAUAAAUAGAAGUUUGCAAUUGUAUGUUGUUCAGACUACUAAGUGAUCACUGAUACCAUUGUCCAUUAUUUUUUGUUAAAUUGAUUUCAUUGACAUGGCUUAAACUGCUUUUUGCUCCAAUAAUGCAGUAUAUAUUACUCAAGAGGUGUCUUAGAUAGUAGUAACGUCCUAGAUUUGCUGACCUUUAUUGGUGUGCCUGUACAAAUAUAGGAUGUAGAAUUAGACAUGUUGCAAUUCGCCAGUCAGUAGAUAGUAGCUUAGCUGUGUGUAGUUCAUAUGUACCAUUUAUGCACCGGUUUUUGUAAUUCAUCUCAUACCAUCAACAUUUUGUAGUCAUUCUUGUAUUGUUUGGAGCGUUUGGAAUGUUGUGAGAAUGUCAAGGGUAAUUAUGUGGAGAUGUUUGCUCUGACUGAUGCAAUGAAGGUCUCUUAUGUGAAAUGGAAAACUUGAAAAAAUACGUACCAUAGUAAUUAUGUUUAGUGUUUUGGAGUAGGGUACAGCUUUCAGUAUUUGUUCUCAUUUGCUCAAGCAUAGAAUGAAGCUGUUUGUGUACCGUGAUAAUGUUAAUAUUUCAUACCAAUGUGCAACCUAUUGUUUGUUAUAAUUAUGUAUUUAUUAAUUAUUGUUACAAUGGCUAUCACUAUUAUUAUUAUUAUUAUUAUUAUUAUUAUUAUUAUUAUUAUUAUUAUUAUAAUUUUUGUGUUAUUAUUAUUAUUGCAAUAACAAAUAUGUAGUAAAUCAGAUCAGCAUUCAUGACACAGUGGGACUUAGUUAAUUCAGAAUGUUCAAGACUAAAUUUGAAUCAACAGAUUUGUCACAUAAGUAGAAUUCUGGAAGUUUUUUAUACAUUUGUCAGUGCCUUUUUUUCCACUCAUACCUUUUCUUAUGUAUAAGCUUUGUUGUAUAUGUCAUUAUACUCAGCCCUCCUGUUUUGGUACAUAUGCAUUAGUAGUGCCUAUGCCUAACAUGAAUGGUGUGGCAGGCAGCAGAGCCACAUGGUACCUUGUACACUAAUGAGUUAAGAAUCAUUAGUAAACCACUGCACUGACUUCAGUCAGACUGCUCCAAGUACUGGUGGUUCAUGUGCUCUGUGUUGUUGUCCUAUUACAUGUCUGAAGAUUUGGUUUAGCGCUUUGUUUGCUGCAGGAGAAAAUUAUGAAAUAAACCUCUACAUUUGAAAUGUUAUAUGAUGAAUUAAUGAGGUUCCACUGCAAAUAGCUAUAUAUGCCUAGUGCACAAGUUCCAAAGUAUUAUCGUUAUUAAGUUUCCUUUGUUGUAAGUAAUUUAUUUUUUUGAGUUAAGGUAAUUCAGUUGUCUUUGUUUCCACUGUACAGCCAAACAUGUCACUAACUUGCCCACAAGAUAUGCACAGAAGGAGUAAAUUCACUUUGUAUUGUAGGAAAAUCUCCUAAGACCUUACUUGUGUGUUAAUUGCAUGAGAUUAUAAUAUAUGCCUUUUAGAAAAAAGUGUAAUUUUAUGUCUGUGAUAUAUCAGCAGCUACUUCAAACUUUCAUUAAAAUCAGGUCUAAUUUCUCCUCAUCCAUGACUCAGACCAAGUGAUGAGUGAGAUGGUUUUCAUUGUGGCCUCAUGCACACUAUGUAGAUUUGUAUAAGUGUUUUGAAAAAUGAUUGUUGAAUUCAAUGUUAAAUUCUAUGUAUUUAUGUUAAUGUCUCAUAAAAUGCACAUGUGCCCAUCAAAACAUUUCUUAGUAUGGACCAAAGUUAAAAUAUGUGCACACUAACACACACUGAUCUUCAGUCACACUUUAACCUGUUUAAUAUUAGUAGUGAGUUCAGAAUGAAAUAAGGAAAGAAUCCUAAGCCAGUUUUGUACUGAUGAUUUCAAGUGUUGAAAAGAAAGUAUUUAAUAUUUUUUUCAUGAGAAUUUGGAUAUGCUAAGGAUUGUGUAUUACACGUGAUUCAUGGUACAUACAUAGGUAGCAAUUCUACCUACCUGUGUUUUCAGUAGGUUGUAGACACAGUGCUGCAUACUCAAAAUGUUAAGCUGGUUUUACACAGGAAAUAUUUCUUUCUUAUAAGUGCUGCUCAUGUCCAGUGUGUUUCUUCAACACAUGUUUGUAGUGAAAAUCCUUAUUGAAAGAAGUUACCUUUCAAUGUUAAUGAUGGUUUGGUAAAAAGUACGUUGUGGAAAAGAUGUCAUUAUAAAUGACAGUGAGUAAAAUUUGUAACAACAAUACUAAUUUUACUACUGUACAUUGAAAGAUACUUUACUCUGACAUAAAAUUACACAACUAGAUUUGUGUUAAGGGAAUAUACUAUGAAGGUAUAGCAACUUUAUGAAGGAAACACCCCUGUGUAAUAAUGGUUUUACAUGUGUAUUUGUUAUGAUAAUAGUUUGCUUGUAGACUCUAAAAUUCAAAAUUAAAUAUAAUAAGAUAUAUGAAAGAAAAUUAACUCAAGGUAUCAGUCUCAAAUGCUCAGAGUACAUACAUUUAAGACUCUGUAUUGAAAUCUGAGCCAGAUCAGAGAACAAAUAUUACGAAACUGAUUAUUCACAUCUCAUUCAAAUAAGACUACUAUGCUACGUGAAUAUGAUCUGAAUAACAUAGUAAGGACACUCAAUCAGAAGUUUCCUUUAAGAUGUGUGAAUAUAAAACUCAUACAGAGCAAAAAUGUGGAUGAAACUAGUUUUCAUUUGACUUGCUAAAUUUUAGCCAGUAGUCAAUAAGAUAUUUGAAAUAAUAAUCAUAUAAAAUGAAUGAAAUAUAGAAUCAUAACCGUAUUUUGGUUUAUUGGGAAGUGCUCAUCUGUAAUUCAUGUGUUAGUGUUUUGAGUAGCCAAAGCCCAGUGCAUUCUUGGCUUGAAGAGUGCUUUAUUUGUCAAUUAUGUGUAUGGAAUUUGGGUCAAAGGGUGUAAACUUUAGCAUGGCAGGUGCCUCAACAUCCUCUGGUGGGAAGACCAGUGUUCUAAGCUAUGCAGUUCUUUUUCAUCUUUUGUAAAAAUGCUUUCAUAUGACACUGUAAUUGUAGAGUGAAUUAUGAUAUAAGGAGUUUAUUUGGUAAUUAGUGAUGUUUUGUGAAAUAUUGACCAAAAAUUAAGUUAGAUUAGCUGUAAAGUUUCUCAUGAACAUUCUUCAUACUGUGAGUAAGAAAAUUUAAGUUCCCACCACUAAGGAGUUGAUAUCUAUCUUCCCUCCCGUCCAAAGUUUAACCAUUUUUACCCUACUCGCAAGUUGCCUUAGGAGACUUGUUGUCUAGCGUCUGGUUGCUGUACAGGUUUGUCUGUGAAACAGUUCAAUUCACUGUUGUCAGUACCUUUGUUUGGACUGAUCUUUUGUGCAUUUCUCUUAAGGGUAAUCUUUAUUAUAAGGUCAUUAUGAGCAAUUAUUUAAUGAUUUUAUCAAGGGAUUACUAAUCUCAUUAUUUUCUACCAGAUAUGUAUAAAUACAUUCAAGGCUUA